AUGCAGGCAAGACAGGAACAUCCUGAGAACUAUAUUGCGUCCGACAACAGUGAACCUCACAUACUCAAAUCAAGUAUCGAAACGGAAAGGCAAAGAUGUGAAAUUCAUGAUGGGUUCGUCGAUUCGUUGCCAUCCAACAGGGAGAAUGGAGGUAGUAAAUACAAGGACGGAGAAAAUACAGAUAUUACGUUGGGCAAAGAACUUGAAGGAUGUCCUAACAGUGGAACAAUUGGAAAAAUGCAGGCAUCCUUUGGGAAACUGCACAGAAUCGGUUCCCUGGGAGGCGAUGGUUGGAAAAAGAUUGUCCCCGGGAAAACGUGUCGCCUUGUACACGCGGACUCUCGCUUUACCAGUAAAGGAAAAUCAAUUACCGAAAAUCCUACAAUCAUGUCUCAAGUGCAAUUAUGUGAAGGAAAAAAUGGAAGAACAUCGCGUUGCAACGAUUCGCUCAUCUUAGUUAAUGCAUUUAAAGAUAAUUCUCGAUUACAACCUUGGUUAAUUAUGAAGUUCUUGAUAGUGAUCCUAAAGAACUAA